AAAAAAAUAUUAUUAUUGACCAAUCAACAUCAUAGAAGUUUUCGCUGCAAAUUGCAAAGGGGAAACAAGUGACUCAACAUCAUCAGGAAUUAUUUGUAAAUAUAGGUGUAUUUUCUUGGAGAACUUGUCUAAAUCAAGAUCAUGAGUCUUCUUGGGAAGUUGUUUGGUACUGGGAAAAAUAAGGAUAAGACUCCUUCCCCUCAGGAAGCCAUUCAGAGACUGAGAGACAUAGAAGAAAUGUUGAUGAAAAAGUCCGAUUUCUUGGAGAAGAAAGUAGAACAGGAACUGAGCACAGCCAAGAAAAAUGGAACCAAAAACAAAAGAGUUGCAUUAGCGGCCCUGAAACGUAAGAAGAGAUAUGAAAAACAACUACAACAGAUUGACGGGACACUGUCUACCAUCGAGUUCCAGAGGGAAGCAUUGGAGAAUGCCAGCACAAACACGGAAGUUUUGAAGGUCAUGGGUUCCGCUGCUAAAGCUCUUAAGGGAGCUCAUAAUAACAUGGAUGUUGACAAAGUACAUGACCUGAUGGACGAAGUUGCAGAACAACAAGAAAUUGCCCAAGAAAUCUCAGAAGCCAUUUCUAACCCAGUAGGAUUUGGAUCUUCAGAGGAUGAGGAUGACUUGCUAGCAGAACUAGAGGAACUAGAACAAGAGGAAAUAGAUGAACAAUUGAUUGGUGUUCCCACAACAACAGACACACUACCUUCUGUUCCGACCGACGAGAUAUCUGUACCAUCCACCUCCAAAAGUAUGUGUAUCUUUAUUUUUACUCACCUAUGUGUUUCGUUUUUUUUUCUUUCUUUUUACAGAUUUUUAAUACUACUAUAAUGUUGUAAGGACCUUUGCUAUUGUGGAACAUAUAUUAUUGUACCUGGUGUGGGACAGAAAUUCCCUUCAUUAGCUUGUGUAUGUUGUAUCUGACUUAGAAACAAAGUUGUUUAAGGAUGACAAACCUGAUUCCUUUUGUUAUCAGGGAUUUCACUCAAAUUUUAAUAUAUUAAUAUGGUGUAGUGUCUGAUGGGUUAAAGUGACCUGCCUAUCUGUCCAAAAGGUUUCUGAUUCUAAGCAGUGAAAGUUCAACAUAUUACAGAUGUAUUUGAAGAUGCAGAGACCUCAAUUAUCCAUACAAUGAAACUUGUUUAGACUGUGUACAGUGCGAGAUAUGUGCAGUGCAUAGCCACCUUAAAAUAAAUAAUGUUACAUCAACAUUUACUGUUGUCUAAACAGAAGAAUAUGUUGAUACCAAUAUGUGUAACAGAGUCAGAUUCACCGAUAUAAAAUCAGUAAGCAUUGUUGGAAAUUUAGUGUGGUGGAUCCAAGGGGAGUGGAUGUUGGAACUAGGCACCACUGACUAUUGAAUGCAUGAUGUAUCAAUCAAAUUGAAAUAUUACAUGUAGUUGUAAAAUUUGAAGCCUGGUGUCAAACAUGUACGAUUGUGCUACUAUAACAUUGUAAUGACGGAUAAAGCAUUUGUAUUUUAUUUUAUUUACAGGCAAGGCAAAGGCUCCUGAAGAUGAUGAUGAGUUAAAAGAAUUGGCGAUGUGGGCGAGUUAGACAAACUGAGCAUCGACCAACUCGGUCUCACUGCUGUGAUGAGGUGUGUGAGUGUACUCGUGGAAAACGAGCACAAACAAACCAGACUUUCUUUACCGCAUUACUGUAGUUUUCUUUUCUUUUAAUAACAGAUGACUGUUGGUACACAGCCACUGGGGUAGGAGGUUGUGUAAUCUAAGAGGCAGGGAGGGGCGGGUGAGAUUGUUACUGUGUACAGUUAUACAUCAUUAUUGUUAAACAUAAUUUUCUUUAGCAACUGUGUUAACAUAUAUUAAGCUGAACGUUUUUUAUAUCACUGUCUUAUACAGCUUGUUGAAAUACCUGUGUACAACCUCAGCUCUUAACCAUCAAACAACAUAGUGUGUAAACAUAUCCAUAACCUGGAAAAUUUCAUUUAAUUUUGUUUUUCAUAUUUAAAUUACUUCAUCAUUUAAAAAAAUAUACCAGGUUUUUUUUUAUAUUUCACAUAGAGCAUUACCAUCCAUGAUUGUGCAGGGUGGGGAAUGGUUCAUUUUGUGGUUUGCUAAACUGAUUUUUAUAUGUUUGAAAAAUAUUUGAGAGGUUUUGAUUAAAGUGCUUGAUGAAGUAGAUUUCGUGGUUGAUCCAGUGGCAUAUAUUUAUUGUGAUUUAGUGCUGUUUCUCAAUGUCUUACCCAGUUAUAUGUUCAUGUAAAUAACCAAUACACAUAAUAAACAACAUAUAAUGCA